AGACAAUAGUCGUAAAUACUCAUAAAUCAUAAUACAAAUUAUUAAAUUAACUAGAAUUAAAUAUUUAUUAAUUUAUUAUCAUUUGAAAUUAAAAUCGAUGUUAUGUGUGAUUUUUUUUCAUAGUGGUCUUAGUUAAAUUUUAUUGCGAUGUCAACGCUGCCGAGCCAUGAUGUGAUCAGAGCGAUUCGAAUGAUAAUUUGUUGGUGACACACUGACACACGUCAAAAAACAUUUUGCUCAAUUCUUCAAUUAAUCAUUUGUCAGAUGAACAUUGUUUCGGGUGCUGAAAUUCGGUUAUAGAUUUGUGUAUCGGCCUGUUCAGUCAUUACGCUUUGGUUGUUUAGGACUGUUCCAAACUAGUUCUCAGCUAGUACUAUUAAUAUCCAAAGGUUAGUCAAAUUUUAAACAAUGUUAGUCGAUAUUGGCUAUGCAUCAGAAAUUCGUGUUGAGCCUCUGACAGAUUGAUUAUCGUUGUUAACGAAGUGUCCACUGUUGAUCAUAAAUUGAUCAUUCUAAUAAUUGCACUCAAUUUCAAUACAAAUUGUAUUACAGAUUAUUCAACAAUCCAAACAACCAUCAAGAAUAAGUUAAAGCUACGUUGCCUGUGCUACAUUCAUAGAACAUUCAUUUUUGUUUGAGAUGGACGCAGAGUUUGUGGUCAAGGAUACAUGUGGUUAUGAUUCAAAUGAUGAGGUAAACUCAUCUACUAGACGAAGUGUUGAAAUGGACUUGGUAGCUUAUGAUUCAUCUCCUCGUUCAAACGGAUCUAAUCAUAGCACCAACAAUGAACAAAAUGUAGAUACUUCAAAUAAUAAAACUAAUUGGUAUAAAUCUGUAGAUUCAUUUCUGGAUACUGAAAAAAGUAAAGAAAGAGGAAGAAGCCGAGAUCAUAGUCAAAAAAGUAAACAUGAUAAAAGUUCGAGUAGACAUGGUAGUAGGAGACGUAGUAAACAUAAAAAGCACCAUAGAUCAAGAUCAAGGAGUAGGUCUAGAUCUAGAUCUAGAUCUCAAAAACGGAGAAGUAGAUAUUCUCCAGGUGAUCGUGACUCUCAAACAAGUCAGUAUAGUAGUGACGAAGAACGACGAAAACGUCGUUCAAGAAGCAUUGAAGGUUCUGAUGGACCAAGAGUUAGAAACAUUUAUUCAGAUUCAGCUACUACUAGUACUCGACGUCACUAUAAUACUGUAGACACAAGAAGAAGUCAAGAUGGAUCACAAGAAUAUUAUCGUGAAGAAGAUUUUGAUAGAUACACAUUUAAAAAGCAAAUUCCGAAUAAAACUAUUAUUGUUCGUGGCUUAGCUCCUCAUAUAUCAGAAAUUGAUAUAAGAAAAGAAAUAUUGAAAUGUGGUCUUACACCUGUUGAUAUACGUCUGAUUAGAAAAAAAGAUACUGGGUCAUCUCGUGGAUUUGCAUUUGUAGAAUUUUUUACAAAAGCAGAAGCUGAAACACUUAUGGAAAGUAAACAGGGUGAAAUGAUGUUAAGAGAUAACUUCAGAGCAAUUAUGCAGUAUACUAUUUCUACAAUUGACCCUGAAAAAAUGUUAUCUGAUUGGUGGUGUAAAUGCAAUGCUCAUAACUUUAAGCGUAGGGAAAGCUGUUUUGUGUGUGGCGCCUCAAGAGAAGUGGGAGAAAUUUUUGAUCACACUAAAGAAGUCAGUUCUUAUCCUACGCAUACAGUUUUACUUCGAGGACUAGAAUUGUUCACAACUGAAGAAAAUGUUCUUAAAGCUAUACAACCACUAUCGACAUUGCCUAUUCGGAGUGUUCGGAUUGGUCGAAAUCCAUUGACAAAUGUCUCUAAAGGUCUUUGCUACUUAGAAAUGAACAAUGUAGUUGAUGCUAUGUAUCUCCAUAAUGCAUUAAUUGUAGAAGAUCCAUUACUUAUUGAUGGAAAAGAAGUUCUUGUGUCAUAUUGUAAACUUGGGCCAGUUGGACCAAUAGCUACUGCUUCAAUGGGUAAUGCUGCUGUUGAAGCAGCUAAAUGGAGCAAUCAGAAACCAGAAACUCCAAAUUAUACUAUUGCUGAUGUUCCUAGGCUUGCGGAAUUUAGUGCAAAUAUUUAUGCAAAAACUCCUAUUGAACGAACUUCAUAUGUACAAUAUUAUACUAAUUUUUACACUGAAAAAAUACAAAAGGGAGAGACUAUUAGUAUGCCUUUUGUGCCAUCUGUGCAACCUAUUUCGGCUGUUUAUGCACCUGUUGGAACAGUUGUUAUGUCACAAGCUGUUCCAGCUUUUCCAUUACCUAUUACUAAUAAAGUUGAUCCUCUAAGUCAACCACCUUCUGGAAAAGGAGAUACCACAUACUCUCCACCUGAUUUAUCUACUUAUCAAUAUGACAAAGGAUCUGGUUAUUAUUAUGACCCGUACACAAAGCUCUAUUAUGAUGCAAACUCGCAGUAUUAUUUUAACAGUUUUACAAAUAGUUUUCUUUAUUGGGAUGCUACAAAACAAACUUAUUUAUCAGCACCUUCGAAUGAAAAUUCAAAUUCUGAUGGAAGUAAUAUUAAUAAUGAAACUAAAAAAGAAGAGACUCCAGUAGAAGAAAAAAAAGAUGACGAUAAAGUAAAAGUAGCAAAACGUAUUGCCAAGGAUAUGGAAAAGUGGGCAAAAACAUUAAAUCAAAAAAAAAUUUCUGCCAAACAAAAUUUAGUAGCAGCCCAAGUUGCAAUACAAACUGCAAAAACUCAAGCUGCAGCAGAUAUUGGGUAUUCUGUGAUGGGCACUAAGACAGAACCUAAAAAACAGCAAUUUCCAGUUGCUUCUACCUCUGAAGACACAAGUUACAAUGAUGAAAUUAUGGAAGAAGCCAAUCGAAGUGAAGAUGAACAACACACUGAUUGGGUUAAACUUGCUUGUCUUUUAUGUAAACGGCAGUUUAGUAGCAAAGAAAUAUUAAUAAAACAUCAACAAAUGUCUGAUUUGCAUAAACAAAAUAUUAGAAAUUGGUACAAUGAAAGAGGAUUAGAUCCAGAUGAUGAAUCAAAACGAGUUAUUCAAUAUAGGGAUAGAGCAAAAGAAAGAAGAAUGAAAUACAAUGAACCUGAUAAACCUUUAAACAACUUAAAAGACAAAUACAUGAAGGCUAAAGAAGCUACCGUGGAUUAUGAACAACCAACUAAAUUGGGUAUUGGAUCAGAUAACAAAGGUAACAAAUUAUUACAGAAAAUGGGUUGGCAAGAAGGAAUGGGAUUAGGUAAAAGUAAUCAAGGACGAACAACUAUAAUAGAAGCUGAAGGUAGAUUAGCAAAUGCUGGACUAGGUACUAGGGCUGUUGGUGUUGUUCCAGGCCCUCGUGAAACGUAUAAAGAUUGUGUGAAGAAAAUGAUGCGUUAUAGGUAUAAUGAAUCAGAGUAAAUUAACAGGUAAAAAUUGAAAUAAUUUAUUAUGUAAUGUUUUUCCAACAGGCAAAAGUUAUUUUAAUAUGUGAUAUAUCAAUCUGAUAUUUUAUUUUUCCUCAAAAAUGAUAUAAUAUAUGGCAUAUAUAUAGUCCAACAUAUAUUAAUUAAAAUACAUUUGAAGGCAUUGCAUUUUUAAUCUUGUGUUUAAUACAUGUUUAAAAUUGUAUUAUUGCAUUUGAAAGACAUUAAUGUUAUUUUAGUGACAAAAAGUCAUGUAAUGUUAAUUAAAAUCUUUGAUACAUUAGAUAGUUUUAAAAUACAUUUACGUGUAAAUGUAGUGUAAUUAGUUUAAAUCCGAAUUCGAUGAAAUAUUAGUAAUAAUUCAUACAUUUUUAAUAUAAAUUGUAGAGCUAUGGUAUUUCCGUAGUAAAUUGUCCUUUUUUUUAUUUUUUCCUAACCAAAAGUUUUAUUUAAAUAUUUACAAAUUUAUUUAUAAGCAAUGUAGUAUAGCUCAUAUAAUAUGUAAAUUGAGUACUGAAAUUUAUUAUUUUUAAAUUUACUUCAAGAAGUAAUUAUUAUUUAUUUUUUUUUAUAAAAUGUCCAUCUUACAUUUCAAUCAAAAUGUGUGUAUAUUAUAUUAUAUCAUACACAAAUGUCAAAUGAGUACGUCAUAUUUUAUAUAAUUUAUAAAAAAAACAUCGAAAUUAACAUAAUUAGUUUUAGUCGUUAAAAAAAUGUAUGCACUGUAUUAUAAUAUACACAAUAUACAUAUGCAAUAUGCAUAUAUAUAUUAUAUUAUAUGUAUAUUUAAUCCAAAAAUAUGUAGAAAAUACGUUAUAUUCCACAGACCUUUUUGAUUUUUUUUCUUUUACGUAAACUUAUUACUUAAUUGUUAUUAUUUAUUUGUUAAAUACUUAAUUUGUAUAAACUACGAAAUGCAUAUAUUUUAUAUAAUAACUUCUAUUAUUCUAAGUUUUAUGUCUGUUUUGUUGAACAAAAUGUCACUCGUUCGGUUAUAUUACUAUAUAUUUUGUACAUCUGAGUAGAUAAAUAUUACGCAUAAAACAGCUUAAAAUUUACAAAUAGGUUUAUUACACCCUAUACUUUUUAAAACUUGUACAUUUCAUUAUAUUGUAGUUCAUAAAUAAUUAGGAUUUUUGUUUUUAGAGUAUUGACUUCAGACCUGCUAAUGAUCUUAUUAUACCAAUUAAUUCUUGACAGUUUAAAAAAUAAAUGUUUUGAAUUAUUUUUGUUUUAAAUUGUUGUUGUUUGUUAAAAAAAUUUUUUUACACCUUUAAUAUUCGUUCUUAGUACCUUUAUAGACUAUAGGACAUAGGUACUGCACCAUAGUUCAAUAUGAUUUUAAAGUGUGAUCAAUUAACAUUGUACUAUUUUCACCUACAUAAUGUUGCGUGCCAAUAUUCAAAAAAUAAAUAAAUAGUUUCGUGAUUUUAUUUAGGUGUGGUACCUAAUUUAAGUGUACUUAUAAUAUUAAGAAAAUAUGGCUGUUUAAUAUUUUAUUCAUGUAUGUUAGAAAACAUGUUAACUCUUCUGUCUUCUUUAGGUCAAAAUAAGUAGGCACUCAGAAAUAGGCAUCUACCUUUUUAAUAAUUUAUAGCUUUCAUUAGUCAAAUGUAAAAAUUAGCAGCCUUAAUCUUCAACUUAUUGCCUAAAUAUUGCCCCCAAAUAUGUUUAGGUAUAAAUAUAUAUAAAUAUAUUAUAGAUGAUAAAAUAUUUAUUUUGAUUUCAUAAAUCCAUCAAUAUUUUAAGUGUUUUAGAUGGAUUAAACUUUCUACUAAAGAGUUUUAAGCCUUCCAGGUCCCCUUAAAUACCCAUCACGAUAGUUAAAAAUAAAUACUAAUACUAUAUCAAAAUUUAAUUAGUGAAAGAAGCUCAUUAUAUUUUUGUUUAAUAAUCUUUCGAAUAUAAUGGAGGUUGGGGAUGAACUAAACAUUCAUAUCUUAGAACAUUCUAGGCGUUUCAUUUAAAUUAUCAAGUCACUAACCCUCACUUCACCAAAGAGUACAAAGUUACAAAAUUCUACUAAUUAAAUUUCUUUACUCUCGCACUAUCCCCAAAAAUCUUAACAGAUACCCAACUAAAAAUAAAAAUGCUGGUUUAGGAACUUCACUAUUCUAGUUGCAACCAGUUUACCUUCCUAGUGGUACUUCUCUAUGCUUCUCAUCUUUAAUUCUACGUUAACGUAAAUUCUUAGUAUAUGUUGUAAUUAUGUUUUAAAUAAUAUGAAUAAAUACUUAAUAUUACUAUGACAUAUUUUUAAACAGUUAAUGUAUUUUUUUGCAAAAGUUUGAUCAUUUAUGUAAUAAUUAUUGUGAAACUGUGUAAACAACUGCAUUACAAAUAGGUAACUAUAAAUUUUUGUUACUUUAAACCAAUUUAAAUUAAUACUUUUUUACAACUGUAACUAUAUAGUUUAAUAAAUUAUUUAAACAGAUAUUUUGUCGCUACAGCCAACUACUCCAAUUUCUAAAUGUUAUCAUAUUAAUGUUAUCAAAUACCUAUCAAUUUAUUAUUUAUUUUUAUUUAUGAAUUAGUUUAUAAAAAAAAAUUUUGUUAUAAGCGAGAUGAGCUGGGACUGGUCCUUUCUUCUCCUUCUGUCGCAGUGUCACCCUAAAUCUAGACAUGACUAUUGCAGUGAUGAUGAUCGUGAAUGCAAAGGCCUUUAGAAAAAUAUUUCAUCUAUUGAAGUUUUGUAUCGAUAUGAAUCAUAACAAGUUUACAAAUAUAUAAAUAUCCUUAUUUUUAUUAAAUCAAUAUUUUUUCACAUUGUGUACUUCAUAGUAUAUUAUAUUUUAUGAUAAAUAUAAUAUGUAUAUUUGACAGAAAAAAAGGUAAGUGCUUAUUUUUAAAAACAUAUUCACUAUAUUAUAGUAAAUAUAUAUAUUAUUGAAUCUUCAUCUCUAUGGUACACCUACCUACCUUAAGAAUCUAUUUAUACAUUUCGUUUUAUAGAUUUUUUAACGCAACGAUUUUUAUAAUUUAGGACACUGAAAAAAAUUAUUUUAAUGUUGACGAUGUGUACUACAUUGUCUUUCGGUCCAAGUUAAAUAAUUAUUAUUGGUCAUUGCUAUUUGUGCUGUCGCUGUUUUUCGACGAAGCUCAUCACAUAACUGUCCUACUGAAUCAUCUGUGAAAAUUCAACGAUGAAAAUACAAAAAACCGACUUAAUGCGAGCUAGGUAUAGGUAGUACGUCGUUUUUUUCAACCUUAACGACCGUCGUGUGAACCGCACCGAGGCGGUAUGACCGCGCGCGCGGAAUAUUGAAUUCGGCCGAGUUGUUGAGGGGACUAAGAACAACUAGUACCCCGUGUCCGGGUAAUCAAUCAAAACGAAAAACUGGUAGAGGAAAAAAUAUAUCCGAAAUAAUACCCGUUUUGUCCGACGACGAUGCCGCCGCAGCCUUUUUUCGCACUACGUCCAUCCAUCAUCAUAGUAUGUGGCGUGGUAAUACGUAUCAUUACGUGUAUAUACGCAUAAGACCGGUCGCCGCCGAUUCGUAUUCGGCCGACCGUUGUCACCGGACGCGUCCGAGAAAAACUUCUUCGAUGGUCGUCCUACGCUUAUUUAUGCACUCCUUCGCCCCAUCGUCAUAUUAUUUAUUAUUAUUAUUAUUGUGUACAAUUUGGUCGUUUUUAUAUCAACCACCCCGGUAGGUACUCGUCACAUACCGCUCGUCCGACGUCCGUAUCGUGUUUUAUAUUAUGUAUAUUAUGCGUUGUCGAGGGAGGGGGUCUAAAACUCUUUUGUCCGAAAUACUAGUUUGACGGGGUGAGUUUUUUCUCGGUUUUAUCGCCGAGCCGCAGCUUGCUGUCUGCGCUCUCAUCCUUUUUCGUUCAUCGUGUGCACGGUGUGCUCAUUAUAUUAUAUUAUAACACAAUAUAUACCUUCCUAAAUAUAAUAUGUACUUAGGUUUGCUAGUCGCAACCCUUGCACCGAGCUACGGGUUGAUAACACUACUGUCGUGUUAAUCUAGUUACUGGCCUGUCGUUACUCAAUGCAUAAAUAUAUUUAUUUUAUAAAUUUCCAUUUCGUAUGAUUUUCAAUAAAUUUAAAUUAUUUUUCGUUUGUGUUCCGGUCGUUUCCAAAUUUCGUGCGCAAAGCGAAAUCAUUUAACAAUAACAGCUAACCACAAUAUUAAACUAAUCAGAGCGAUUCGGAAAAAAACACAAUUCCAAAACAGUUACGACUUAAACGUACCUUUUAAUGGGUUUUACUUUUUAUUUUAUAAAUGUAUUUAUUUGUUAUUAAAAAAAAAACUACGGUUAAAACGCAAGUUUAACAACAUAUGAAAAAUAUAGCAUAAUCUAGGUACUUAUAAUAAUUCUUUCAGUGGAAAUUUAGAAGGCGAUUUCAGUCAAUGUCAAUAUUCAUAAAAAAAUUUAACACCUUGAUAAAAAAAUAUUACUAAAUUAUUACUUAUAAUAAGUGCACUUUAAAUGUAUUUACAGUAGUAAUUGGCUUAAAUUGUUACAUAUAGAUAUAGGUAACGACUCUACUGUUUUCACAAUGUUUGUACAUUGUGUAGCAUUAUAUAGCAUUGUAGUUAAUUGAAAUAAUUUAAAAUUCAAGAAUUAUGGCUCAUUAUCUAUAUUAUAUGCGACCGGAACUACCUGCUCUAGCGUAUGCUAGUGCAUAAGCGCAAAUGUCAGAGCCCCGGGUGGUCGUACAAGGCGUUACACAAAUUUUAUUUUAUUCGUGUUAACUGGAUCUCCUUAUAAGUCUUCUCAGUUUGCUACCCCAGACUUUACUCACUUAUUUUUUUCUGCCGGAACCCUUCAUUUUAGAAUUCGUUUUGGGAAUUCGGUUUCAUAACUUCAAAAGCCGACCGGAGCCUAUCGCACACUGCAACAAGGUCCUUCAUAAUCUAAUUUAAAUUCAGGUCGAUCUUACGUAGUAGGUAUCUAUAACUGCAAUAUUAUUAUUUUUUUAAAAUUCAAUCCGUUUUAUUUCGUUUAUGACUAGGUAAAAUAACCGUUUCAACAAAUAUUGAUGAAAAUAAGAAUAUAUAAUUUACAAAUUAUACCAUUUCACGGGGUUGAGGGUUUAUUCCGAUGGGACUUAACACAAUAUAUAUAUAUAUAAUAUAAUAUAAUAUAAUAUAUUAUAUUAUAUACAUUAUACACAGACAGUCACAGACGUGUUGGUACAUAUUUUAUGAUGUAUGUGACGUAACAGUUGUGAACGGUCUACAUGUAUCUGUCCAGCGGUGCCGGUCGGACCAUCGUGUCCAUGAAAUCGUCGUAGUCGAUCAUCCCCAUGCCGGCAAAGUCCAUGGUGUUCACCAUCUCGUCCACGUCCACGGCCGUCACCGCCGCCGGGUCGAAUUCGUUGAGCACGGCCCGCACGUGGUCGACCGUCACCUGGCCGGUGUACGUCGGGUCGCCGGCCGCCAGCAUGGCGCGGAACCGCCGGCGCCGCGCUCCGUCCUCGGCCCAACGGCGCGCCAUGGACGCCGUCCACUGGUUCCGGGUGAUGUAGCCGCGGCCUUUCGGGUCGUACUCGUCCACCACGGCGAUGACGUCCUCGUCGGUAGCGUCCACGCCGAGCGCGCGCAACGCCAUGUACAGGUGCCUGACGUUCAUCCGGCCGCCGUCGCCGCUGAACAUGGCGAAGGCCGCGCGCGCCUCGUCCAACAAUUCCUCGGGCAGCGGCGGCCCGGCGGGCCCUUCGUCGACGUCGUCGGUCGACAUUCCCGCCUCGGGUCGUUCUUCCCGGUCUUCGUCGUCGUCGUCGUCGUCGUCAUCGUCAUCCUUGUCGUCGCCGUCGCGCAACUGUUCCGUCACGGUCGGCUGCUGCUGUUCGAGUUCAGACAUAUGUCGCCAACGAUAAGUUUACGUUUUUAUUUUAAUGAUCCGAUCGUUUUUCUGUGCGAAUAUCCUUAUAAAAAUAUAUUAUAAUAAUACGUGUGCGUAUGGUGUACACCUAAUGAUAUAAUAUACACUCGUGCGAGUUAUCUAGGUAACAAAAAAUAAUAAUUUAACGUAUUUUCGCGGCUGAAUUUCUCGUAGUUUAAAAAAAAAUUAACAAAUAAUCGUCUAAUUUUUUAACGGAAAAAAGCCAAUACACGAGUGCAAAUGAAAAAAACACUACACAUUUCGUGGAAUGAAGGCAACUACGAUUAAAGUUCUUUUUUUUUAUUAUUUUUGGUCCUUGUAGGAUUACCUACAGUUAUGAAUGGUAUAUAGGACAACACUUUUAAGUUCGUUCUAUAAUGUAAUACACAUAUUAUGUUCAAAUUGUUAUUUCAGCAGGUACCUAUAUUAUAAACAUAAGACGCAUUAUACCUAUACUUAUAUUCUAUUAUACAAUAUAUAUAUAGGUAGUAUAUACGCAGGUUUAACUAUAUAGCGAGGUCGACAGCGGUGGUGUGAUUUUUGAUGUGCUGCUUGCGUAAUGUGCUACGACAAGGAUGAGGGGAGGACCGAAGAAUUUAUGAGGAAAUCGUUUUAGAUGUGGGGACAAGGGGAUCGGACCGCUUACGAUGAAAAUUGCAUGAGCUUUGCCUUUCACGCAACGGUUCCUUGGGUUGUAUGAGUAUGGCGCGCGUAUAUUAACUUGGUAAUUAGCUCGGCGGGGGUGGACGGCGGCGGCUACUCGAUGAAUAAUAAUUUCUGAAUACAUACAUACAUAUCGGACGGGCGGCGACGGUGAUAGGACGGGAGAAAGAGAGGAAACGGAAUAAUAAUACGCCGAAAAAAAGAAGAAAUUUAUAAAUAUAUUAUAUAGUAGACCUCCGCCGCGGCCGAGUUGCGGGUAAAUAACCACCGCAGUCUGUGCCGAAGAACGCGGGAGCCAACACGCGCGCGACUUUUACGGUGGAAGCAAUGAUAUCACAUCCGCCGUCGACGACGGUGUGCAGCAUCUGCGUCCGAAGAUCCAUCAGAUAGGAAUAUUUUACUUAAGCGUCUACUCGCGAAAAUAUAAUGUACGAGAGUCGCCGGUGAACAUGAUGUGCAACCGCGGUGGAAGCGGCGGGAAAGGCUGGAAAUGUGCGCAAGCGCAGCGAAAACUUCAACCGAUCGACAAAGAUUUAUCAAUGACUAUAUAUAUCAGGGAUGGCAAACCCGUGGAACGCGUGUCCGAGGUGGCACGAGGAAAGAUUUUGUGGCCACGCGAAGAUUUUUACUAUAAUAUUAUAUAUAAAAAAAAAAAGUAAAUUCUUGGCCCGCAUUGUUCAAGAGGUUUGCCACCCCUGAUAUAUAUGUAUGUGUGUGGUGUGUAUAGAGAGGUACAUAGCGCGGGGCGUGCGGAUUAUAACAUCAUCGCGAUAAUUGAUAAAGAUGAGAGACCGGAACAGAGGUUUUAAGAACUGGUUUAGAAUUUGUACCUUGUCAAAACUACGGAACCAAAACAUCAACCAAAUUCUUAUUUUAUAAAAAAUGAAACCAAAAUCGUAACAGAUAAUUUAAG